AUGCUACUGCCCCACGGUGCCCGGCGGGCCUUGGGCCAGCUCCGCCAGCCCACAGGGAAUGAGGACCAGGAGAAUACCUCCAAUGACGAGAGCUCGAAAUCAGAGAACCAGGAAUUCAAGCCAAAUACUUGGGACGUUCUUCAAGUUCGUGCUCUGUUGCAGUGGAGACUUGGUCUACCCGUUGAGAUUAUCGAUCAGAUCGUGGACACUGCCGAGUACUGGCCUUCGACGACGGUCCAAAUGAAAGUCCCCGAAGGCCGCUCAUAUCGACAUAUCAGCAAAGACCGAGACCAGGUCCUCGUGAAGACUGUACCGCUCUGCUUUGAUCGAAAGGUAUGUUGUUGUGGGGGUCUUUCCCUCCCCGCUGACGUCAGUGAGCAUACAUAUACACGUGCCAGGAGCUCAUUCUCGAUAUCUGCACACAUGAAGCAACUAGAAGAUGCGCCCGAUACUCCACGUCCGCUACCUUCUCGGUCUCACGUCCAUCCAUGUCGAAAGGUGGUGUUCCAUUUAUCGUCCCACGAUCAAGGGCCCGGGCGAAUUGCGCCCAACAUGUAUGAGCACUCCUGGACAUGGUUUGAUGUGGAAGUGAUCCGAGCAGCACAUACCAAGAAGAUGUAUGUCAACGGCGAGGAGCAAGAACUCCUACCACAUGAGUCCGGAGACAUUGUCACUCCCCGAGAGCCCGAUGACCCUCUCCUGUUGCCUGGGCCUGGUAAGCUUCAGAGUAAUGGUGCCCGGGUGGUGGAGAGGCAAGAUGUUGAAAUUGUCUGGCACUACCAAGACAACAUCUUGCCGGACUCGCCGGCAGCGCUAGAUAUCGAGAGGACAAAGGGUCGAGGUCGGGCGACCCUGGAUGGACGGUUCGUGCGUGAUUUGCAAGUGGGAGACUCAAUCGCCGUCUGGGCUCGAGCACGAUUCCCAGGCUGGUCGAAUCAUGUGUACCGUGCGUCGGUGACCGUGUACUGGGCGGUUUAA